AGCCCCUCGCCAGCCGCCGCCGGAGCGCAUGGAGGGGACGGCCGCCGGGGUGUGCUCCGUUCUUUUCUUCCGCUUUUCUCUCAUCCUGGGGAGCUCCGUCUACACUGGAACAGGCACCAAUUACUCCGGUCUAUAUCAGCAAAGCAUCUUGCCUUGUAAGAAAGAAGAGCUGCAGUGUGGCGACGGGCGUUGCCAUUUCAACUGGCUGCCUUGCCACUACAAGAAGGACUGUGGCACGGGCUACAUGUCCAUCCAGAUAACAUGCUCAAACAUUCACUUGAACCAGAGUGGUCCCAUCAGCAAGCUUUCCCACUACACCGAACACAGCGGCGACUCAAAUUUGAUGGGCUCUUCUGUGAUGGUGGCCGGCAUGGUGAUUGGUGUGGUGCUGUUCCUCUCCUGCGUGACCAUUUUCAUCGGCAGCCUGCGGAAAGAUAGACAGUUACGGCAUCCCCACCUGAGGAGGGACGCCAGUUACACUCCGGAUGGCUUCUCAUAUGGUGGCUCUGUCGGAGAACUAAGAUCCAGUUGUAUCGAUGAGUUCCCGCCAGUGUUGGAUUUCAGUUCUUAUGUGGAGACCUUGUCUCAGGUGAACGUCAUGCAUCCUGACUCCCCUCCACGCUAUGAUGAGUGCGUAGGACCAGGAGCAGCACAAAUUUACGUUCCUACGGAUGACCCUCCACCUUACUCCCUGACCGACCCUUACCAAAGGAGUGACUUGGCGAUAAACAUUCCUUCGGGAGAGGAAGCAACUCCAGGGAUGACAGAACAGGCCGCUGAGUGCAGGAUCGGACUGCGAGACCCUCAGCAGCCCAUCUCUUCCAUUUCCUCGUCCUCUCCGUUUACAAUGGAGGCCGCCCCUCCGUACGAGACCGUUGUGGGCCAACAGAAUGUCCCCAUUCCCUUAGUUCCCCUGGAAGUAGUGAAAAAUUCUAGAGAGGACUAUCAAAACCUUUGCAACAGAAUAAUAUAAAAGGAAACGGGGGCUUCUGAAGGAACCCU